AUGAAGAUCGAAAGAAUACUCACCGGCGCCACUCUAUUCCUGAGCGUCAGCUCCCAAUUCGUCCAUCCAGGGGCCCUACACACUCGCAAAGACAUCGAACGAGUCCGAAACAAAGUACACGCCCAAGAACAGCCCUGGUACCGAGCAUGGCAGCACCUCGAGUCCGGCGUCCUGGCACAGACAACAUGGACACCCUCGCCCCACGAGGUUCUAGUCCGAGGCACCAACGCAAGCUGGAAGCCCACGCCGUCUCAAAACUACGGCGACGCCUACCGCGACGCUCACUCGGCCUACCAACUCACACUGCGGUGGCUGAUCGGCGGAAACACCUCAUACGCCGAUCACGCCGCGACCAUCCUGAACAGCUGGGGCACGAAGCUGCGCGACCUCAACGGAACCGAAGACAAAUACCUCGCCGCAGGCCUAUACGGGUACCAGUUCGCCAACGCGGCGGAGAUCCUGCGCCUCUAUCCCGGCUGGACUGCAGACUCCCAGGCAGAAUUCAGCGAUAUGCUGAAGCGCGUGUUUGCGCCAUACAACCACGCGUUCCUCGAGCACCACAACGGCAAGACGAACUUCUACUACGCGAACUGGGACCUGUGCAACGUCGCCAGCCUGCUCGCCAUCGGGAUCUUCACGGACAAUCGAACGAUGUUCGACUACGCGACGCACUACUGGCAAUACGGGCUGCCGGACAGCAGCGUCGUGGUCAACGGGGCGCUGCCGUAUUUUUCCAUCGCCAAUUUCACCGAGCAGGGAUCGGGCAAGCCGUUUAUGCAGAUGCAGGAGUCUGGAAGGGAUCAAGGCCAUGCGAUGCUGUGUAUGGCGUUGCUGGGGGUCAUUGGACAGCAGGCGUGGAAUCAGGGCGUGGAUCUGUUCGCGACGUACGGGAAUCAGAUCCUGAAUGCAGCUGAAUACGUCGCCAAGUACAACACGAACCACACGGUGCCCUACGUCCCCUACACCAGCUGGGAGGGUCUGCUGGACAAGAUAUCGGCCAAAUCGCGCUUCGACGUGCGGCCGGGGUACGAGGCAAUCGCGUCGCACUAUACCAGGGUCAAGAAUCUGAAUGCGUCCUGGUCCAUCCGGUUUCGCGACUAUGUGAACGGCAAUAUCUCGACCGAUGUCGAGGGUGGCGGAGGUGACUACGGGCCUAAUUCUGGCGGUUAUGAUGCGUUUGGACAUGGGACGCUGAUGUACCGGAUUGAGUCGGAUGCAUAG